GUCCCAGAUCGACACUCUCGGACUUUAAGUGCAGGGCUGAUCUUAAACGUUCACUUGGGGAACUCUGAGCGCACACAGAACUUGUGUGCAAAAUUCCCAGCGCCUGCCCGAGGCGGACGCAUGCGCUCUUACGCCCGCCGCGGGAGGCGGAGCGUGGAGAUUGACAGGGCACGCUGCCUGUCGGAGCCUAGUGCCUCCUUCCUACGGUAUCCGGCGCGGACGCCAUGGUGCGGUUCAAGCACAGGUACCUUCUGUGCGAGCUGGUGUCCGAGGACGCGCGCUGCCGCCUGAGCCUGGACGACCGCGUGCUGGGCGGGCUGGUCCGCGACACGAUCGCCCGGGUGCACGGGGCCUUUGGCGCCGCCGCCUGCUCCGUGGGCUUUGCAGUCCGAUACCUCAAUGCCUACACUGGAGUCGUGCUACUGCGAUGCCGGAAGGAUUUCUACCAGCUCGUGUGGUCAGCUCUUCCUUUCAUCACCUAUUUGGAGAACAAAGGCCACCGUUACCCGUGCUUCUUCAACACAUUACACGUGGGAGGUACCAUCAGAACCUGUCAGAAGUUCCUGAUCCAGUACAACAGGAGACAGCUGCUGAUCUUGUUGCAGAAUUGCACUGACGAAGGAGAGCGGGAAGCCAUCAAGAAGUCUGUCUCAAGAAGCUGUCUGCUGGACAGAGAGCCUGUUGAAGAGCUUUCAGAUAGUGCUGGUGAGGAGGUUGCAGAAGCAAUGGAGUGACCCUGUUUCCAGGCCCACUUGUGGGAACAGGACGUUACGGGAGGUGACAGCAUCCCACAGUUCUCCAAUGGAAAUUACUGGUGAGCAGCUUGAAGUGGAGGGCUUGAUGCCUCACCUCGCAUCCAUGGUUGUGAAGGCUCUAUGCAGACAUUUCGGAUGUAACUGCUUAGCUCAGGGGUGGAAUAAACAUUCCUGACCCAUGAAAUGUG